CGUAUAAGUAAGAUUUGAUAAAAGCUAUAUUUAAUGGAAAAUCGAUUUUUAUACACAGUCCUACUCCAAGGUCAAUAAGUUUAUAUUUUAUUACUAGUUUUAUCAUGAAGACAUAAUUAUCAAUAUUCACAUUUGAUAAGGUACCGCAGUUAUGAAUCCGGUAUAUUUUAUUGGGGUAGAUGUUGGGUCAGGGAGUGUACGCGGUGCGUUAGUUGAUCCAACUGGACGUGUCAUUAAAUUAGCCGCCAAAAAUUUGAAAACAUGGAAACCCAAAGUAGAUUAUUAUGAACAAUCUUCGACUGAUGUAUGGGAAUGUUGUGAACAUGUUAUCAAGACCGUGACCAAAGAUAUUGAUAAAGAAUAUAUAAAAGGUAUUGGAUUUGAUGCUACAUGUUCUCUUGUAGUCUUGGAUAAUAAUGGAAAUCCAAAGGCUGUUAGCAACUCUAACAAUGAUGACCAGAAUAUUAUUAUGUGGAUGGAUCAUCGAGCUCAAGAUGAAGCAGAUAUCAUUAACAAAACUGGCCAUUCUAUCCUGAACUAUGUUGGUGGAAAAGUUAGUUUAGAAAUGGAAAUGCCUAAACUACUUUGGUUAAAGAGACAUAUGUCCAAGUCUUGGCCUGAAUAUGGGUACUUUUUUGAUCUCCCAGAUUUCCUGACUUGGAAGGCAACUGGUGCUACAACAAGAUCAUUAUGUUCAUUGGUAUGUAAGUGGAACUAUGAAUAUUCAACAGAAAGUAAACAGGGUUGGAAUGUUGUUUUCCUAAAAUCAAUUGGUCUGGACGAUCUGGUUGAGGAUAAUUUAAAAAAAAUUGGUAGUAAGGUGUUAAUGCCAGGAGAUUAUUGUGGAGGUUUAAGGGAAGAAGUUGCAGAAAAAUUGGGUCUUUUAGCUGGUACACCAGUCGCCACAUCGAUUAUUGAUGCUCAUGCCGGCGGUCUUGGUAUGAUUGGUACUAAGGGAGAAGAUAUUGAUCAGCAAAUGUCUACCAGGUUAGGAUUAAUUUGUGGUACCUCUACCUGUCAUAUGGCUGUUAAUAAGGACCCUAUAAGUGUCCAGGGAAUAUGGGGUCCUUACUUUAGCGCUAUGGUACCUGACAUGUGGUUAAAUGAAGCAGGUCAAAGUGCAUCAGGCAUGCUACUAGAUCAUGUAAUUUCAAGCCAUCCCAUGGGAGGAAUUCUCUUAAAGGAUUUAAAUACUGGAGAAGUAAGAAACUAUUUGAGAGAACUGUUAACAAAAAUGGCAGAAAGUAAAGGCCUUACAGACCUUAGUUUGCUGACCAAAGAUUUUCAUAUCUGGCCAGAUUUCCAUGGGAAUCGUUCUCCUUUAGCAGACCCUACCAUGAAGGGCAUAAUAGUUGGAUUAACCAUUGAUAACAGUGAAGAAAACUUAGCUCUUCUUUAUUUAGCCACAUUACAAGCUCUAUCAUAUGGCACCAGGCAUAUUAUAGAUGUUCUAGUACACUCUGGUUAUUCACAAUUCAAGUCUUUACCCAUAUGUGGAGGAAUUACCAAAGAUCCACUCUUUGUACAGAUCCAGGCAGAUUCUGUAGGACUGCCUGUUCUAUUGCCCCAUGAGAAGGAGUCUGUGCUGGUUGGAUCAGCUAUUUUAGGAGCAUGUGUUUCUAAGCAUUUUAGUGAUGUAAAAACUGCUAUUCAAAGUAUGGGGGGAAUGGCAGAUGUUGUUUUACCAAACCAAGAUAUUAAAUCAUUCCAUGAUAAAAAGUACAAAGUUUUUCUAAGAAUGUUCCAAGAUCAAUUGCAUUAUAGAAAUAUAAUGGAUAAUUAAAAA